AGUCGACAUUCGCUGGGUGAAUGGUUUUCUGACAAAGUUGUGUAUCUAUUUUUGAGGGUUUAGAUUGCAUACUCGAUUCAGUUUCUACGAAUAAAUUAUACCUGUGUCAGUGACUUGUGGACCGUUCUUAUCCGUUCCCAAUUAUGUUUGAUGUGGAAGCCGUGCAAAGAACAUGAUUCUGAGCACGGUCUGACUACGCAAGGUUCAUUUUUCGACGGUACAAUUAUAUCCAAUUUUUCACUUCAUUGUGUUAACCAACAGAGAAGGAGGAAAGAAGUUGCAAAAUUCAAGGUGAAAUAAAAAUAUUAGCUUCAGCCAGAACGCGAGGCUGUCUUAUGGUAGCAAACGCAAGAAGUUGGUUGUAAGGUCAACUCGUAUUGCUCGACGGUUUCCAAGGGCUUGAUUUUGCACUGGCUGCAAAGGGCAAUUACUCGUACGGCGAAGAGGAUCUGGCUUUCGCUGAAAGUAUUAUACGAAUUAGCUUCUGACGAACACGGCACACAGAUUCUGUACCGAAAGUACUUGGAUUGAUCUGUGAGGCACGUAAUCCUCAUCGAAAAAUGGCAGAUCAAGAAUCGGAUAUGGAUUACUCGUCGGAUAACGAUUACGAGUUCGACGAUUACUAUAAUAGCCCCGAAGAUUGUGAUAUUGAACAAAUCGAUCCUAAACGUUCCGAUCCGGAAUAUUUUGUGUACGAAUGUCUCAACGUGGAAGAAGUGGAAAAAUUGCUCAACGAACUUGUGGAGAAAUUGAGCAACCUACUCCAGAUUACACCAUCUCUGGCUAAAGUGUUGCUACAUGAAACUAAAUGGAACACUGCAGAAGUGGUGGAAAAGUAUCGAAACAAUGCAACAAAUCUGCUUGUCAGUGCUCGUAUCAAAGCAGCUCCAGCGGCCAUAGCUUCAACCUCAUCCGCUCCCAUGCCAGUUUCAAGUUCUAGUGUGAUCGUGCCGAUUUCCGGUGUUUUACCAGUCGCUGUUCCUGGCACCAGUACAAAAACGCAAUCCUCGGUGAUACUAUCGACGGGAUACCGAACACAUCCUUGUCCAGUUUGCGUUACAGUGCAGACAUUGGAUAAGUUUCACAACCUAUCCUGCCAACAUUCGUUUUGUCGGGAUUGCUGGGCAAUGCACUUUGAGAUUCAAAUUAGCCAGGGCAUUUCAACCCAAAUCGGCUGUAUGGAGCAGAGAUGCGAUGUUCGUGUACCGGAAGAUUUGGUGCUAAAUUUACUCAAUCGACCCAUGCUGAGAGAAAAGUACCAACAGUUUGCCUUUGCCGAUUACGUCAAAUCUCACCCAGAACUACGAUUUUGCCCCGGCCCUAACUGCCAGAUAAUUAUCCGCAGCUCCGAUAUCAGUCCGAAAAAGGCCACCUGUCGUGUGUGCAAGACAUCAUUCUGCUUCCGCUGUGGUACAGAUUAUCACGCUCCAACUGAUUGCCAAAUAAUCCGCAAGUGGCUAACCAAAUGUGCCGACGACAGUGAAACAGCCAACUAUAUUAGUGCCCACACAAAAGACUGUCCCAAGUGUCACAUCUGCAUCGAGAAAAAUGGUGGUUGCAACCAUAUGCAAUGCUUCAACUGUAAGCACGAUUUCUGCUGGAUGUGCCUCGGCGACUGGAAGGCACACGGCUCGGAAUACUACGAGUGUUCGCGGUAUAAGGAGAAUCCGAACAUUGCACACGAGUCGGUCCAUGCGCAGGCCCGCGAAGCUCUGAAAAAGUACCUACACUACUACGAACGCUGGGAGAACCACUCAAAGUCGCUUCAGCUUGAACAGCAAACGUUGGACCGCAUGAAGGCGCGCAUCAACGAGAAGGUGAUGAAAGGCCUUGGAACUUGGAUCGACUGGCAGUAUUUGUUUGAUGCGGCUGCUCUGUUGGCAAAAUGUCGAUACACGCUCCAGUAUACCUAUCCCUAUGCGUACUUCAUGGAGGCUGGUUCCCGGAAAGAUCUGUUUGAAUAUCAGCAGGCUCAGCUGGAGGCAGAAAUCGAGAAUCUAUCCUGGAAAGUAGAACGCGCGGAAACGACCGAUCGAGGCGAUCUUCAGAACCAGAUGGACGUAGCCGAGAAACGAAGAACGACGCUUCUGAAGGAUUUUUUUCCUACCGAAGCGUGAGGAUCACUUUGGAGAGCUAAUUAUGAGGAUAAAUUCGCUGCAACUUGUAAAUGUUAGGUAACGAACCACAAACUGAGAUAUUAAUUCUUCUACACCCACCUCGUCACCCCCGUUCUUUCCCCUUGGUGUUGAAAUACACGAUACGAGUAUGAUUUUAGAAAGAAAAUUUGUUUCGCCCUUCUCAAUCGUCAUAUACAAGACCAGUGUUCUUUCACAGCCUUGAUUUCGGAAGCGUAAUCGGAGACAAUUUACUCUGAAUGAUAAUUCUUACUGAUAGAAAAAAUCUUAAUUUUAAAUUUAUUAUCAUAUUUGAUAUUCCUAUGAUUGUACCAAAUGAUCUUCAAACGUAAACCGUACGAUAAAAUUACCAAAUUAACCAAUAGGUUGCAAAAUCUGAUGUUGCGUUAUUGUGACAGCCAAAAACGCAAUCAUAAACAGAGCUAACUUUAUAUGCUAGUUUAGGAUCGAACAUCGAAUUCGAACAGGAUUUAUCGCUCGAUAGUGGAAGGAAGUUCGUCGCUUGAGUUUAUUUUUCAACCGAAACACUAGUAAUUACUAAAACAAUUUUAUGGCGGUACGAGCAAUUUAUUCUUUUAUACUGCGAGCUGACAGUAUGAAAUAGUGUAGUAACUUGAUCCGAAUUGCAUAAUGUGUAAGGAAUAAAACGGAAGAAUGUAUCAAUAGUCUA